AUGGCUAGAAAAGGUCGUUUCACAAGAAAACCAAAAGUAGGACCAGGAUGUCAGCAACCACAAACGGCUCCGCCUCCGGUCCCGCCUCCGGCCUCGGCUUCCCACUGCGAUGACUCUGAAAUUCUCCCGGACAGUGGUGAUAGUGUCCCUCAAACUUCACGUCCAUUCCUUCCGCCGCGCAGUGUACCAAGGCCGGCUCCACAAACGAGCACAACUAACAUUCAAAACUCGGAGCCAAGCCAUGUAAACUCGGCAGAUAAUGCUAAUGAUGUGGAUUCUGUUGAUCAAGCAGCUGAUGAAUCCUUUGUUGAUUCUAGAGCUCAGAAUCGCAAAGGACGCAAGACUACAGAGUUUUGGGAAGUCAGGAUAAUCGAUUCUGAUGGCACAAUGAAGCCGGCAAGACUAAGCGUGAGGGAGGCUAUGGAACGGCCUAAUGGUAGAAAGAUCGUACUCAGGUUCAACAAAGCAAAGCAAGCCAUUGGAAACGAAGCUGGAUUGUUGAGUGGCGUGCUUGGUCUGCUAGGAUCUGACUUUGGAAAGUUUCCUAUCUGUGAGGAAAGCUGGCGUAAGAUUACUACAAAGGACAAAGUCUAUAACGAAUGUGUGAAGCAAAUUUUCCACAUUGAUGAAGAUAGCGAAGGACUUAUCAAAAAAAAUAUCUUGAAAAGUAUGGGGAAGUCCUGGAAGGAGACAAGGCUGAGGUUGUAUAAUGCUUAUUUCGAGCCAACGUUCACGACUGAACAAAAUAUUGAGAACCGUCCGCCGGGAAUCGAUCGAGAACAUUGGAGAUGGUUCCUUGACUAUCGCGCCAAACCUGAAACUCAGGAGAAGUGCAAGAAAAAUGCAAAGAAUCGAUCAAAACAACAAUAUACCCACACUGGCGGUUCAAAAAGCUUUGCACGGCGAAUCGAAGAAGAGUCGGAACAACAAGGGAGAAUAGUCGGAAGAGGGGAGUUAUGGAUCGCAGUGCACAAAAAAAAGGACGGCUCCUACAUGAAUGAUGAAGCAAGAGCAAUCGGUAGAUCUGUUAAAUCGAAGGUCACAUAUGUUAGAAUUUUGGAGUUUUUUGCGAAACUUUCAAUUCAAGCGGUGGAAGUGUGGAAGCUUACUUUAAGUGUGAUUGCUAAUUUGCCUGUUAUGUUUAUAGACUUUUUGAACUUCGACGAAAGAAUUGAGGAGAUUGAGCAACAGGAUGAGUCAUCUAGAGUGUUGUCUCAGAAUGAUUCCAUUGCUCAGGUUUUCGGAAAAGAGAAACCGGGUAGAGUACGUGGUGUGGGUUUUGGACCGACUCCUAGUCAACUCUUCGGUCCAAAUUCACAUGGACCUGGCAACGAAGUCCAACUAGAGAAAACUCAGAGGAAGCUACUUGAAUUGCAGGCAGAGCUGGAAGGCGAGAAGUUGAAGAGGAAGGCGAUGGAGGAUGAGGCAGCAGCAGAUAAGAAAAAGAUGAAGGCGAUGGAGAGUGCUCUAAUUUAUCUGUUUCAACGGCAGGGUGAGGAGCUGCCACCAGACAUCGCUGCAGGGAUGAGUUUUGUGGGAUGA